AUGCACAACUGCGUCUGUGUACACAGGAUCUCCUACCAGGACACCAACUCUAUUCCAGCUGAAGAGCGCCUGUCCAUCUGUCUGUGGUUUCUUGCCACUGGGGACUCCUACAGGACCAUUGCGGGGAGCUUCAGAGCAGGCAUAUCCACCGUCUCCAUGCUCAUCCCAGAUGUGGUGGCAGCCAUCUGGGACUGCCUCGUGGAGGAGUUCAUGGCUGUGCCUGGAGCAGAGGAGUGGAGUGAGUCCAGUAUCUGCCAGGUUCGGGCCACAGUGAUGCUGUAUGAUGACGGCUCCAAGCGCUGGAUCCCCUCGGGCUCCGACUCUCCAGCCCUGAGUCGGGUCCACAUCUACCACAACCCCUCUGCCCACACCUUCAGAGUGGUGGGACGCAAGCUCCAGGCCGACCAGCAGGUGGUGAUAAACUGUCCCAUCCUGAAGGGGAUGAAGUACAACCAGGCCACUCCGAGUUUCCACCAGUGGAGAGACUCCAGGCAGGUGUGGGGCCUGAACUUCAGCAGUAAAGAGGACGGGGCUGCCUUCGCUAAAGCCAUGCUGAUGGCUCUAGAGGCUCUGAGUGCACCCGCUCCUGCAGCCCCAGUGCAAAGUGAACCUUCUGCCCAAGAGUUGGAGCACCAGGGAGGACAGAAGCAGGCCUCAGCCCCCCCACCAGCUCCUCCUGCUCCGCCCGCCCCUCCUGCUCCGCCCGCCCCGCCUCCUGCCCCCGGACUGGCUCAGACAGCACCUCCAGCCCCUCCACCUCCUCCUGGGGGAGCAGGGGCACCUCCUCCCCCACCUCCCCCACCUCCCCCCCCUAAUGCUGGAGGAGGCAGUGGAGGAGGCAGCGAUUUGGCUGCAGCUCUGGCAGGAGCCAAACUCCGCAAAGCAGCCCCCAAGGAUGAAGGAGCUGUAUCCCCCAAACCAGCUCCCUCUUCAGGGGGCGGGGUUGGCCUGAUGGGAGAAAUGAGUGCUAUUCUCGCCAGAAGGUUGAAGGCUUCAAAUGCCCCACCACAGAAAAAAGAGGAGCUACAGUCUGACUUACGUGAGUCACAAAGGUUCUCAGGAGCAGAAGAGGCCAGUGAAAAGCCCAAGGACCAUGCGGCCACGAUGCCGAGGCCAAAAUCUCUAACCAGCAGAGAUGCCAGUCCGGCCUCCUUGUUCCCGACCUCGGCCCCUCUGUCCAGGAUGAAGAUGACAAAGAAUAACAGUGAAGGGUCUGGAAGUGAUGGCCUGGACUUAGACCAGUUAAAAAAGGACAUCCUGGAUGAAGUGAAGAAGGAGCUACAUAAGGUGAAGGAGGAGAUCAUAGCAGCUUUGACCCAGAAGCAGCAUUUUGCACAGAACAACAGUGAAGACGCCGCUAGAGAGUCUGGAUGUGGCCUGCUCCUGCUCCAGCCUGUCAAAACGGCUCCUAAACCACUUCAACGUGGACCAAACACCUCUUUACGCACGGUGAACUUUGAUGACCGCGAUUGGGAAACGCCUCUCACUAUGAACGACGUCAGUGUAGUGCGAGAAGGCUGGCUCCAGAAGAGAGGUGAAUACAUAAAAACAUGGAGGCCCAGAUAUUUCGUUUUAAAAAGUGAUGGCUCCUUUAAUGGCUACAAAGAAAAACCAGACCUGAGUGAUCAGAGUCCUCCACCUCUCAACGACUUUUCGGUAGCCCAGUGCCAGUUAAUGAAGACAGAAAGACCCAAGUCAAACUCUUUUGUUAUCCGUUGCCUGCAGUGGACCACUUUCAUUGAACGCACUUUUCAUGUGGAAACCAAUGAGGAGAGAGAGGAGUGGAUGCGGGCAAUCCAGUCUGUGGCCAACAAUCUGAAGAUGCGUGAGGAGGAGGAGGAGGAGGAGCCUAUGGAUAUGUUUGGCUCACCGAGCGAGUGUAGUUUGGAAGAGAUGGAAGUGGCCCUGUCCAAGAGUGGCAAUAAAGUGAAUAUGAGUGACUUUGAAUAUUUAAAGUUGCUCGGUAAGGGGACGUUCGGGAAAGUGAUUCUUGUCAAGGAAAAGUCUACCGGAGUACACUAUGCCAUGAAAAUAUUGCGGAAAGAAGUCAUUAUAGCUAAGGAUGAAGUUGCGCACACAGUUACUGAGAGCAGAGUUUUACAAAACACACGCCAUCCCUUUCUCACUACACUCAAGUACGCCUUCCAAACACACGAUCGCUUGUGUUUUGUUAUGGAAUACACCAACGGAGGCGAGCUCUUCUUCCACUUGUCACGUGAGCGGGUCUUCACAGAGGACCGGGCGCGCUUCUAUGGGGCAGAGAUUGUGUCUGCGCUGGAAUACCUUCAUUCACGAGACGUGGUGUACAGAGACCUCAAGCUCGAGAACCUGAUGCUGGACAAAGAUGGACACAUUAAGAUUACAGACUUUGGACUUUGUAAAGAGGGUAUUACGUCUGAUGCCACCAUGAAGACCUUUUGUGGAACUCCUGAGUACCUUGCUCCAGAGGUUCUGGAGGACAAUGAUUAUGGGCGCGCGGUGGACUGGUGGGGCCUGGGCGUGGUCAUGUACGAGAUGAUGUGUGGUCGUCUGCCCUUCUACAACCGAGAUCACGAGCGACUGUUUGAGCUCAUCCUAAUGGAGGAGAUCCGCUUUCCCAGAAACCUUUCUCCAGAGGCCAAGUCCCUUUUGGCCGGCCUGCUUAAGAAAGACCCAAAGCAAAGGAAGGUUUUACAGAGAGGCGGAGGACCUAAUGAUGCCAAAGACGUCAUGAAUCACAUUUUCUUUGUCAGUGUUAACUGGCAGGAUCUUGAACAGAAGAAGAUUAACCCUAUUUUCAAACCUCAAGUCACAUCAGAGACGGACACACGGUACUUUGACGAGGAGUUCACCGCGCAGACUAUCACUCUCACACCUCCAGGCAAACAGCUCAAUCUGGACUGUGAAGACCCCAGGCAACAAGCACAUUUUCCCCAGUUCUCCUAUUCUGCUAGCAUAAGAGAGUGA